GUUAGUUCAUCGCCCAGGCGGCCGGACGCUUGCCACAGAGCCUUGACGUAAAGAUCCCGGAAUGCAACGCGGCGCCGAAUUCUACCGCCCAUUCCUGCUGUGGUGAGGGGAAAAGAGGUGGAGCUUGCCAGACGCCUGUCGCAGUGCACGGGAACACGAUCGCUUUUAUUUCCCCUAUGCUUUGAAGGUUCUUUCCUAAUCCGUCAUGGGGGAGAAAGCUCGACCGCAGUGUUACUUUGACGUGGAGAUUAAUCGGGAGCCAAUUGGCCGCAUUGUCUUUCAGCUGUUCUCAGAUGUGUGUCCUAAGACAUGCAUGAAUUUCCUGUGUUUGUGUACAGGUGAAAAGGGAAUUGGAAAAGUCACUGGAAAAAAAUUAUGCUACAAGGGUUCCACCUUCCAUCGAGUGGUUAAAAACUUUAUGAUUCAGGGAGGGGACUUCAGCGAAGGAAAUGGGAAAGGUGGGGAGUCCAUAUAUGGCAGCUACUUCAGAGACGAAAACUUCAUUCUGAAACACGACCGAGCAUUCCUGUUAUCUAUGGCUAACCGGGGGGAAAACACAAAUGGAUCCCAGUUCUUUAUAACCACAAAAGCAGCUCCACAUCUGGAUGGUGUCCAUGUCGUGUUCGGACUGGUGAUUUCAGGGUUUGAAGUGAUUGAGCAGAUUGAAAGCUUGAAGACUGAUGCAGCCAGCCGACCCUACGCAGAUGUUCGAGUCAUUGACUGUGGGCUGCUUUUAAGCAAGUCAUCAAGGGAAGAAAAAAUUAAGCAAACUGCAUCUCAAACAGAGGAGUCUGAUUCCAGUUUCAAAUCCUCUACUCCUUCCUCGUCACCUUCAGAGUCUUCAUCUUCGGAGAGUGGAGCUGAAAUAGAGAGGCACCGAAGGAAGAAAAGGAAACGGAAAACCAAAGUUAAGCACUCAAAACGGAGACGGAAAGAGUCCAGCAGGAAAGAGGAGGCCAGGGAUAAAAGCCUCUCAAGAGAGGAGCACAGUCCUCAGUCAGUAAACCAUCAUCUGACAGAAGAUAAAGAUCUGACUGCGAAGAGGGAGAAACCUGUUGUCCGCCCUGAGGAAAUCCCACCUGUACCUGAGAAUAGGUUUCUCCUCCGCAGAGAUGUACCCGCAGCGAAGCCAGAGCCUGAACAGAAACCUGCUGCUGCGGAACCUGAGAGAAAUGAUCAGCAAAAUGCACCACUCUCCAAAUCUGGCAGGAGAAUUCGGGGCCGCGGUACAAUACGUUACCAUACACCCCCUCGAUCCAAGUCUCGUUCCGAAUCCGAAGCAGAAGGAGAGAGCAGUGAAACACCUCCUCACUGGAAGGAGGAAAUGCAGAGGUUAAGAGCCUACAAACCGACUUCAGGAGAAAAGUGGAGUAAAGGAGACAAGCUCAAUGACCCCCUUUCCAGUCGAUGUGAUGAAGGAAGCGUGUCACAAAGGUCUAGUUCCUGGUCACAUGAUGGCUAUCGUUCUGAUGGAAGUAGAGAAAGAAGUUCUCGCUCUAAAAAUCGUAAGAAGGAGAAGAAAAUGAAACAUAAAAAGAAAUCCAAAAAGCUAAAGCAUUCAAAAAAGCAUAAGCCAUCAAAAAAAGAUCAGUCCCUUGUGCCCAAAGAGGAAGCCUGCCUUUCUUCAAACAGGAAAUCAAAAUCUUCAAAGGAGAGGAUAAAAAGAUCUUUGUCUGGGUCAUCUCAAGACUCCUCUAAAAAACACUGGUCUAGAUCCGACAAAGACAAUUGUUCCUCCGUUCGUUCCAGUAGAGGUGCUUUCUCUGAUUCCAGAUCCAGAUCUUAUUCAAGAGAAAGUGUGAGAUAUAGAACAGGUUCGAAAUCCUCUUCCCGCUCUAGAAGUGACUCCAGAGGAAGGUCUCCAGUCAAAGCUAGGUCAAGACACAGGAACAAAUCUGGGUCCCUAUCAAAUUCAGUAACGCGGUCCAGUUCCAAGCAAUUGAAAACCGUGUCUCCAACCCACAAAAACAGAGAACCCCCUUUAGUAGAAAGUAAAGUAAUUCCCGUGGUAGAGCAAGGGAAACCAACCGUACACCAAACUGAGAAGACUGUGUUGCCAGCUGUAACUACGGAUAACAUACCUGAGAUUCCAUUAAGUGACAGUCCACCACCUUCCAGGUGGAAACCCGGACAGAAACCAUGGAAACCAUCUUAUGAACGAGUGCAAGAAAUUAAUCCCAAAGCAUCCAAUGUGUUGCCCUUGCAAAGUAGACAUACUGUACGGGACACUAGCAGCAGCACACGGAGAAAGCAUCGGGCUAACUCUGACCGUAGUGAUUACUCGAGCAGUUCAAGCUAUCGGCGAAAAUCCAGGAUGCGUUCUUCUCGGAGUCGGUCUAACAGCAAAUCUUAUUCCAGAUCAAGAAGCCGCAGUAACUCAAGUUCCGAAGCCCAUUCUCACAGUGACUCAUCAUAUGACCGGUCCUCAUCUUAUGAUUCCAAAGACAGGCAUCGUUCUAGGAGAUCUGGAUUAAGGAAACUAAAUCACUCCAGAGGUAAAAAGAGUCACUCAAAAAGUCCAACAAGAAGGUCCAAAGCAAUGAAUUCUUAUUCUGAUUCUGCAACUUCCUCUGACACAGAGAAAGAAGACUAUCAGAACAUUGUACUGGAAACCACCAAGGCUUUAGAAGACCUUAAAAAUCAUAUUGGUAUAAAGAGUACUCCGGAACAAAAUGAUAACAAAGAUGCAAGUGUAGAUAAAGAAAAGGCUGAAAACAGCAGUGAUUCCAUACAGGCAGUAUUACCGGAAAAAAGUGACGAAUUGAAAGAAAAAUCCAGCGAUGUCGGUCAACUUUCCAACGGUGAAAGAAACGAGAGUGCUGAUGGGCUUGUGUCUUCUGAGAAGGAGGAAGGGGAGGCCAGUUCUGAAUCAGACACAGAGGUUGUGUCAAAGUCUGCUUCUCCUUCUGGUUUGAAAAACAGCCCAUCUCCAAAUAUUCAGGAAAAGAUCUCAAAAUCUCAGUCGUCGGCGAGUCCGAGCCCUGACCGUAGUAAAAGCAAAUCAAAGAAACGGAAACGGCGUUCCAGCAAAAAAAGCUCCAAGAAAAGCCACAUGAAAAAGAAUAAGGAGAAGUCCAAGAAGAAAAAGGAAAAGAAACACAAAGCUCAGAAGAAGAAGAAGCCAGUGUUCUGCUGGCAGCCUCCUUUAGAGUUUGGAGAAGAGGAAGAGGAGGAAACGGUGAUAGAAAAACCUGACGGUAAAAAUAGUAGUGUCGUGGAAAAACACAAUCAUGUUGAAGACAAGUCUUUGGAAGACAUUAGUCAGUCCUCUGAAAACAGUGCAAACAGCAAAAAUUCACGGGUAAAGGAGGAAAUUUCCAAAGAACAGAUUAAAAGCCUGAAUCUAGUAGGAAGUCAAGAGAAUGGAGGGAAGACUGAAACAAAUGCAAAAAAACUUCAAAGUUUAACCGUAGGUUUGGUGCAGUCUCCCACAAGCCACAAAACUGGUAAUGACAGCCUCUCAUUAAUAAGUCACGUUAAGGAAGAAUCAAAUUCUCCUGCCAAAGGACAGAGCAUCAUUUCAAGUGUUAACAGCCAGAAUUCACCACUCUCAGUAUUGGUUGCUUCCAUCACAGGAAAGAAGUUGCAAGUCAAGGAAGAGAAGACUGCAGGUCCUGCCCUGGAACCAGGCGAUACAGCCCAUCUGGAAAAAGGCAACACUGAAGACUCGGAAGCUACUGCAGCAGCACUUGACAAUAAAUGGAAACCUGUUCAAGGACAGAGUAUCCUGCAGAUGAUAAAAACUCCCAGCAUACAACUGGUGGCUCCAAGAGAGCAGGAGAAGAAGUCUCAGGGCCUGCGCAUAGAGAUCAAAAGUAAAAAUAAAGUCAGGCCUGGGUCACUUUUUGACGAAGUGAGAAAAACUGCCCGACUUAACCAGCGCCCCAGAAAUCAAGAUAGCUCGAGUGAAGAUCAGAGUUCAAGCGAAGACGAGAAAAGCCGAUCGGCCAGCCAGACGAGAUCUCCAAGUAAAUCCAAGUCGGAGUCGAGUCACAGAUCGAGAUCUCGGUCGUACAGCAGGUCACUGAGCCGUUCUCAGUCGUACAGUUCUUCGUCUAGGUCUAGGAGUUACACAAGAAGUCGAAGCAGGGGGACACAUAGACGGUACAGGACACGGAGCCGCAGCAGAUCUCACAGAAGCUACACCCGAUCCUACAGCAGAAGCCCAUCCAGAAGCUCCUAUGAUCACCGCAGAAGGUCAAGAAGUCGGUCCCACACGUAUGACAGUUAUGACAGCAGAAGCCGGAGCAGAAGCAACUAUCACAGAUCCCGAAGUUACGACCGGCGCUCCAGGAGUCGGAGAUCGUACCACUCGUACAGUGACAGCGACAGAAGUUACAGUCGCCGCAGCAAAAGAAGCUAAAAUACGUUUUCCUUGUUCAAUUUCAUACUUCCCUUGCAGAACCCCCGGCUGUCUGCUUAUAUUCCUUUAUAUUCUCAGUGGCGCCAUCUCCUAUGAAUCCUUCUUCUCAUUACUGAGCUCUGCUCUGAGGGGCCGAGUGCUUGGGAGACCCUAUGAUCUGCGGGCAGUUCUGCUGUAUGAUAGGUCAGUUCAAUAAAUCGGGAAAGAUUGAGGUUUGGAACGGACAAGGAAAC